AUGGGGAUGAUUGCAAAACUCCAGGGGAACGUCAAAGACAGCAGACUAAACAGACUAGAUGCAAUUUCCAAAGAAGUAGAGGCAGAAUUAGUCUCACGAGACAUCGGCCGCCACUCGGUUCAAGUCCUUGAAGCUGUGAACACAGUACUCUUCGACCUGAGAGGCUUCAAGAGGACAUCUAUUCCUUUAGACCCCAAAUACUUUUACCUUCACUCUGUACUUAACUGUAGAUGCGGCACUGCAUUUUUGUUUAGCGUAAUAUACAUUGAAGUUUGUCAGCGCCUUGGACAGAGCUUGUUUGGUAUUGUCAAUGGACGCUGCGUUGAUGAUCCUAGAUCCAUGGCAUCAGAUUUAACCGCAAAGUCACUACAAGACUUGGAUAUUGCGACGAACAGAGACAUUAUAGGGAUUGCUCUCGCCAAUUUGAUUAGGGUUCAUUGGAGACUUGCGUCGAGGUCAUCUCCUGGACUAAUGCUGACUUCUCCUAUUAGUCAACUUAACAAAAUCAGAAAAUAUGAUAUUCCAUUGCGGCCUCAAGAUCUUAGGUUGGCUAUUGCGGCUGCAGAAAGGCUGUUGAUUUUGGAGCCUCACAACUGGAAACUUCGCAGAGACCUUGGCAUGAUGCUCUACCACAUCAAGCAAUACGGAGAGGCGAUUCAAGAGCUAAGCAUAAGUAUGGCCUUUGCAUCUGAUGAAGAGGAAGUAAAAGUGAUGAAGCUUUUUGUAGAGAAACUCCAUCUCCUUCGUCUUAUCUCUACAUUGGAGUCUCCGGUUAAUGGCUCUGAUCGCUUGACCGUACCUUGA